GUUGCUUCCUUGCAGCCGCGAGCUUUGGAGGCCGGGAGCGGUGGGACUUGGGCGGGCUGAGAUUUGUGCUGGGAAGGUCGUCGGACUUGGAUCGGAGCAGCACUUAGGAGACGCGGUGCAGUCGAACAGAGCCAUCAUGGGGACGACAGCCCCAGGGCCCAUUCACCUGCUGGAGCUCUGUGACCAGAAGCUCAUGGAGUUUGUCUGCAACGUGGACAAUAAGGACAUGGUGUGGCUGGAGGAGAUCGAGGAGGAGGCCGAGCGCAUGUUCACCAGAGAAUUCAGCAAGGAGCCCGAGCUGAUGCCCAAAACACCUUCUCAGAAGAACCGACGGAAAAAGAGACGGAUUUCUUAUGUUCAGGAUGAAAACAGAGACCCCGUCCGGAGAAGCAGGUUGUCCCGCAGAAAGACGCGGAGCAGCCAUCGGAGCUCCCGGCACCUCCGCAGCAAGGACAAGGUGGAGAAGCUGGCCACAGUGGUGGGGGAGAACGGCUCCGUCCUGCGGCGGGUGACCCGUGCUGCGGCCGCAGCUGCAGCAACCUCCACGGCAGCCACGCCUUCGCCCACCCCUGAGUCUCCCCCGGUGCUGACCGAGAAGCCCAAGGAGAGCCCGGCCCAGUGCCAGCUGGUACCCAUGGUGGAGAUUGGCAUCAGCGAGCGCCGGAGCGCUGAGCAGCACCUCAGCCAGCUCCAGUCUGCCCAGGCUCCACCCCCUACCCCGGGUCCGGCCGCUGCUCUGGCCUCCCAGAUCACCUUGACCUCGGAGGAGGACUCUACACUCCAGAAGCCAGAGACCGGGAGACUGGAGUCUGUCACCGUGAGCUCCCUGAUAACUACACCCCAGGACCCCAAGGGCCGAGGGGUUGGAACAGGAAGGUCCGCCUCCAAGCUCAGGAUUGCCGCGACCUCCCCAGGCCCGCAGGACUCGCCCAGCUCUCCGGCCUCCCCGUGGCGGGAGCGGGUGCUGGCUCCCAUCCUGCCGGAUAACUUCUCCACACCCACGGGCUCCCGUGUGGACCGCAGGUCAGUGCGGCGCAGCCUGAUCGCCCCGUCCUCCCCGGGUCCCCAGGUCUCACUGGCCCAGAAUUACUCCCUGGUUUCCAAAGAGGAGAGCACCGUCCGAAGAUCAAGCAGAAGGAUUGCCAGGAAGGCCACCAAAGAGCCAGCCGCCUCCGCCCGCAUCAUCUGCCACAGUUACCUGGAGAGGCUCCUGAAUGUCGAGGUGCCUCAGAAAGUGAGCCCCACGGCGGAGGAGCCCAGCAAGGAAGCUGAGCCAGAGGAGGCAGCUGAGCUGGAGGUCCCCAAGAACAGUGGCAGCGCCUUGCAGCUCCGCAGUACCACCAAGAUCGCCCUUAGCACGCCCGGCUCGCAGCCUGCAGCCGGCGGCCAGGGAACGCCCUCUGAAGGGCGUCCGGAGGCCAAGACUGACCAAGCAGAUGGCCCCAAGGAGCCGCCUCAGAGUGUCAGGAGGAAGCGCAGCUACAAGCAGGCCGUGAGUGAGCUGGAUGAAGAGCAGCAGCUGGAGGAUGAAGAGCUGCAGCCCCCCAGGAGCAAGACCCCUUCCCCGCCCUGUCCCGCCAGCAAGGUGGUGCGGCCCCUCCGGACCUUCCUGCACACCGUGCAGAGGAACCAGACGCUCAUGACCCCGACCUCGACCCCUCACAGCAGCGUGAAAUCCUUCAUGAAGCGCAACACUCCCCUGCGCGUGGACCCCAAGGCGCAGGAGCGGCAACGCCUGGAGAACCUGCGGCGGAAGGAGGAGGCCGAGCAGCUCCGCAGGCAGAAGGUGGAGGAGGACAAGCGGCGCCGGCUGGAGGAGGUGAAGCUGAAGCGUGAGGAGCGCCUGCGUAAGGUGCUGCAGGCCCGGGAACGGGUGGAGCAGAUGAAGGAGGAGAAGAAGAAGCAGAUCGAGCAGAAGUUUGCUCAGAUCGACGAGAAGACGGAGAAGGCCAAGGAGGAGCGGCUGGCCGAGGAGAAGGCCAAGAAGAAGGCGGCGGCCAAGAAGAUGGGGGAGGUGGAGGCGCGCAGGAGGCAGGAGGACGAGGCGCGGAGGCUCAGGUGGCUGCAGCAGGAGGAGGAGGAGAGGCGCCACCAGGAGCUGCUGCAGAGGAGGAGGGAGGAAGAGCAGGAGCGGCUGCGGAAGGCGGCCGAGGCCAAGAGGCUGGCGGAGCAGCGCGAGCUGGAGCGGCUGCAGGCCGAGAGGGAGCUGCAGGAGAGGGAGAAGGCCCUGCGGCUACAGAAGGAGCGGCUGCAGAGGGAGCUGGAGGAGAAGAAGAAAAAGGAAGAACAGCAGCGCCUGGCUGAGCAGCGGCUGCAGGAGGAGCAGGAGAAGAAAGCCAGGGAGGCCGCGGCGGCCAGCAAAAGCCUGAACGUGACCGUGGACGUGCAGUCUCCAGCUUGUACCUCGUAUCAAAUGACCCCACAGGGACACAGGGCGCCCCCCAAGAUCAACCCGGAUAACUACGGGAUGGAUCUGAACAGCGAUGACUCCACCGAUGACGAGGCCCAUCCCCGGAAGCCCAUCCCCAACUGGGCCAGAGGCACCCAGCUUAGCCAGGCCAUCAUCCACCAGUACUACCACCCCCCGAACCUUCUGGAGCUCUUCGGAACCAUUCUGCCACUGGACUUGGAGGACAUCUUCAAGAAGAGCAAGCCCCGCUACCAUAAGCGCACCAGCUCUGCCGUGUGGAACUCGCCGCCCCUGCAGGGCACCAGGGUCCCUGGCAGCCUGGCCUACAGCCUGAAGAAGCACUGAGCCAGGCCCUCGGGCCUGCUGGGCAGCCUCAGCCUUCAUCUGUGUCUGUAUGUCUGUGUCUCUGUUGGUCUGGUGCCGUCCUGCCUCGUAUCCUGUCGCUGAGGGUCCGGUCAAGUGUAUAUAGACGUCCUCUGUGGGCUACGGGGGAAGGCGGCUCGGGCCUGUUGGGAGGCCAGGCUUGUUGGGUGUUUGGGGAAGACCCAGGGCCAGCCUUGCCUGGUCUGCUGACAGCACUCUGUAAAUAGAUUGUUAGAGUUCAACUGAAUUUUAGCCUCUAGUGUUUGAGAGCUAGAUUAAUAAAGUCUGUUCCUUCAUGCCUGCUGUGAGUAUCAUGAAGACUGCGCUUCUCUGCAGAAAGCCCCUGACCCUGGCCCCGUCUCGGGCCGCUGGAUGGGCUGGAGGAAUAGGACCUGCUUUUUCUCCUGGGAUGUGCGUCAAGGCCACCUGGGUCCCACCCCCAGAGAUGCCGACGGAGUGGGUGAUUCUGAUGCCACCCUGGACAACCCUGAGAAACACUUCAGUUACUUUCAUGUUGGGGCAGGUGACGCUACUUCCUGUUUUUCUGGGGAGCGCCCUGCCUGUAGAGGGGGGCUCAUUCAGUGGGUAAGACCUGGAGUUGAGGUCAGGGGAAUUGGGCUCUUGACACAGCUCUGCCGCUUAAGAGAGGCCCUCAGCCCCUCCACGCCUCAGGCUCCACCCACCCUUGCUGCACGGAUGGUGAAAGGACUUGAGAACGUGGACGUGCUGCUGAAGCAGGAGAUCUGGGUUAGGAAGGGGCCGUCUCUUGAAACUACCUCGGGACCAGUACGUGCAAGUAGUUGAGAUGUUUCUCCAACAAAUCCAGGCAGCUGCUGAUUAAAUGCUUAGUGUCCAUGGAAGCUGGCCCUGCCCCAUCGCUGCCAACCAUGUUGUAAACGUGCCACAUCUUCAUCAUCUCCUACUCCAGCCCCUGGAAUGGGGGUUGGUGAAUUGGGGCCUAUGGGCCAAAUCAAGUUGCAGUCCAUUUUUGUAAAGUUUCAUUGGAACCUGCCCAGUAGAAAUGAAUGCCUGUUGUCUCCGGCUGCUCUGCUGAGGGCAGAGUUAAGUAGUUACAACAGAGGCCUUAUGGAUCGCAAAGCUGAGAAUAUUUACUAUGAACCUUUACAGAAGAUGUUUGCUGACGCUGCUUUCGGACAAAAUCAAGGCUGAAUAUAAGAGAGCUUUUUAAAAUGAGUGAAGAGUGAAUGCACACAACAGAAUGAAAUCUAGAAGAUUCCACCACGCAAAGAAAAACAUUUUACAGUUCAUUCAAAUACGGUGCGAAUUUAAAUUUGUUCCAUAUGUUCUCUGAUGAGAAACUGUUGUGUUGAGUCAACUGGUGAAUGUGUCUUUGCCUGAAACCACAAUGUCAAAAUAUUACCUCUUAUAAAAGCAUAUUUACAUAGUGUGUUUGAGAAAAAAAUUGUUAUUCAGCAAAAAGGUAGUUACAGGUUGCACUGCAUCUUCACUAGUACUUGAUAUUGUCAGUGCUUCUUAUUUUAGCCAUUCUAAUAGACGCGUAGUGAAUUCUCAUUGUGGUUUUAAUUUGCAUUUCCAUAAUAGCUGGUGAUGGUGAACAUCUGCUCACGUGCUUACUUGCCAUCUGUGUAUCUUUGGCAAAGUGUUCAACUCAUUUGUUCUUUUUGUUUUUUGGUUCCUUUUUUACUGGGCCACGAUUUCUUUCUUCAUGUGCCUUGUGGGGUUUUUUUUGUUUUUUUUUUUGCCAUGCCACAUGGCAUGUGAGAUUUUAGUUCCUCAACCAGGGGACCAGGUAUCAAACCCAUGCCCCCCCUGCAGUGGAAGCACAGAGUCUUAACCACUGGGCCACCAGGGAAGUCCCUCAUUUGUUCAUUUUUAAAUUGAGUUGUUAGUUUUCUUACUGUUGUGUUUAGAAUCUCUACGUAUUAUGGGUACAAAUGUGAUGUCAGAUACGUGCUUUGCAGUAUUUUCUCCUAGUCUGCAACUUGCCUUUUCAUUCACUUAACAGUAUUUUUCAUAGAGCACAAAUUUUAAUUUUGAUGAAAUCCAGUUUAUCAGCUUUUUUUCCUUUUUAUGGAUGGUGCUUUUUUGGCUUCAUGUCUAAGAAAUCUUUGUCUAGCCCCAGUUCUCAAAAGAUUUUCUCCUAUAUUUUCUUCUAAAUAGUUUGUAGAUUUAUAUAUUACAUUUAGGGUUAUGAUCUGUUUUGAGUUAAUUUUUUUUUAAUGUGAGGUUUAUGUUUUUGUUUUGGGAGCAUAUAGAUAGAUGGAUGUCCAGUUGUUCUAGAACCAUUUGUUUAAAAGACUAUUCUUUUUCACUGAAUUUCUUUUGUAUCUUUGUCAAGAGUCAAUCAGCCAUAUUUGUAUGGGUCUAUUUCCAGACUUUGUAUUCUCUUUUGUUGAUCUAUGGGUCUGUCCUUUUACCAAUAUCACAUGGUCAAGAUUACUGUAGCUUUUAUAAGUCUUAAAAAUCUGGUAGUGUGAUUUCUCCAUCUUUAUUCUUUGCAAAAUUAUUUUGGCUUUUCUAUCAAUUUUGCCUUUCUGUAUAAAUUUUAGAAUCAGCUUAUCUAUACUAAAACACUGCUGGGAUUUUGAUUGAAAUUACAUUAAAUCUAUAUAUUAUAAGUUUGGGGAGAAUUCACAUGUUUAUGCUAGUGAGUCUACUAAUCCAUGAACAUGAUAUAUCUCUUCAUUUAUUUACAUCUUUGGUUUCUUUUAUCAGCAUUUUGCAGUUUCAGCAUGCAGAUCCUGUAUAAGAUUUGUUAGAUUUAAAGCUAAGUAUUUAUUUUCUUGGAGCUGUUAUAAAUGGUAUUGUCCUUCUAAUUUUGGUUUCUACUUGUUCAUUGCUAGUGUAUAGAAAUGCAGUUUCUAUACUUUGAUGUAUUGACCUUGUAUCUUGUGAUGCAACUAAAGCAGUACUUAGAGGGAAAUUUAUAGCACUAAAAUGCCUAUGUUAGAAAAACAGUGUCAAAUCAAUGACGCUAGCUUCCACUUUAAUAAACUAGAAAAAGAAGAGCAAACAAAAAUAUAAGCAGAAUAAGGGAAAUAACAAAGGUAGAGCAGAAGUCAGUGACAUUGGAAAGAGAAAAAUGAUAGAGAAAAUUUUAUUAAACCCAAAGCUGGUUCUUUAAGAAGCUCAAAAAAAAAAAAAAAAAAUGUAAACCUCUGUUGAGGCUGAU